CAGGACAGCAGCACCGAGUCUUGGACAAGGGGCGCGAAGGACUCAAGCAUGUUGCCAGGCCUGUGGCUGAAACUGAGAACAGAAUAGAGAAGCAGGUGGAGCUUACUGGGUGUCAACCCUUCCUUUAUCAACCCCAUAGUAAGUGAUUAGGAUGGUCACUAUUACUACAAGUGACGUAACCAAUCAGGACGCAACUUUCCCCCCAAAAAAACCACCUGAGUCACACAGAUCUCAACUUUUUUAAAAAAUCAAAUUUUUAUGUUGAGAUCACUGUUAAGUUUGUGUUCAGUUGUAAGAAACAGAUCCCGUGUACCUUUUACCCAUUCCUCCAUGUUGCAAAACUAGCACAAUAUCACCGCCACGGUAGACGCAGACAGUGAGGCCACAGGACAUUUCUAUCAGCAAAAGGGUCCCUCUUGUGCCCCUUUAGAACCCGCCACCCUUGCCUUCCAACUAUUAAUGCUGGCAGGACUUAGCCAGGCCGUAAGGGCGCGUACUCAGAAUAAGGAAGAGGGUCAGGCGCUGGGAGGGCGACUGCAGGCGGACAAACUGCACCUACGCCCGCGGUACUUGAGGACACCACAAAAGUCCGCGGAAGAGGCACCUCGGCACUUCCGCGAGCGCCCAGGCCCUGCCCCUUUCGCCGCGGCCGACCAAUUGCGGCCCGAAGGCCGAGCCGCUUCCGCCCGCGGCCGGGGAGGGCCGGAUGUGAACGGUGUUUUUCCUUCCUGCCGCCACCUUGUCCAAGAUGGCGGACCUCCACCGCCAGUUGCAGGAGUACCUGGCGCAGGGGAAAGGGGGCGGCCCGGCGGCCGCGGAGCCGCUGCUCGCCGCGGGGAAGGCGGAGGAGCCCGGGGACGGGCCGGCGGGGGCGUGGCUGGGCCGCGCGGGCCUACCCUGGACCUGGGCGCGGAGCCCUGGGGUCGUGGCUGCGGGCCCGGCGUGCCUGCCCAGCGUGACGCGCGGGCAGCGGCUGGCGGCGGGCGGCGGGUGCCUGCUGCUGGCGGCACUCUGUUUCGGCCUGGCCGCGCUCUACGCGCCGGUGCUGCUGCUGCGCGCGCGCAAGUUCGCGCUGCUCUGGUCGCUGGGCUCGGCGCUGGCGCUGGCGGGAGGCGCGCUGCUGCGGGGCGGCGCGGCGUGCGGGCGGCUGCUGCGCUGCGAAGAAGCGCCGUCCCGGCCCGCGCUGCUCUACACGGCAGCGCUGGGCGCCACGCUGUUCGCCGCGCUGGGCCUGCGCAGCACGCUGCUCACGGUGCUGGGCGCGGGCGCGCAGGUAGCCGCGCUGCUGGCCGCGCUGGUCGGGCUGCUGCCCUGGGGCGGCGGCACCGCGCUGCGCCUCGCGCUGGGUCGCCUGGGCCGCGGCGCCGGCCUCACCAAGGUGCUGCCCGUGUGAGGACCUCGACCCCGCGCCACUGGGGAAGGACGCGUAGCCAGCGCCGUCGAAGACUGCCCCUGCCGAGCCGAGGACUGCACGCCGGUGCCGGGACGCCCGCGGCGAAGACCCUGCCGUGACCGCCUGUGAGUCUAAGCCGGGAGCGGCUGCUGCCAGGGGAGGCGACCGCAGCGUUGGGAGGUCGUCGAUGUCAGCGUUUUGUGCUGGACUUGGCACAUGCUCUGAAAACAGAUUUUGUCAUUGAACUGGUGACAGGAUGUGAGACGGUUAUAAGUUGCUGUCGAAGUAACUGUGAUCUUAGGUUCCGCUGAGUAAAGAAAAAGGACUUUUCUUCGAAUUAGCUGCUCUCGUGAUUUUUCUCAGGCUGUUUUGUCAUUUUAAAAUCCAGCGCUAGAUGUAGCUUAGCGACGGUAAUUUUUUGUUUUGGCUGUGUUAAAACUUGGAAAUUAUUCUCUUCGGUGCCGGCGAAUCCAGAAGGGUAUCAGAUUAUUAAACACCGAAUUCAGCCACUGAGAAAGCACAGUGCGACCAAAAGCAGAUGGGAAUGACACUGUUGAGAGGAGGGAGCAACUCAGAAGCCACCGUUCACUCAUGCUGAAUGCCCACCACAGGCCCGGGGUAAGCCACCUAGACUAAGAUCCAGAGAACCGGUUCUCACGUGGUGUAGUAUCAAGACAUCUUUACAGUCUCAGAUGACUGAGGACUCCUAAGAGAUUUGUUAAUGAGAGUUAUAACUACGAAUGUUUAACAUACUAGCAAUUGAGACUGAGAAAAUUUUACUUAACUUUAUUCUCCAAAAACAAUUGAGUGGAAAGAGCAGUCCUGUUUUAUACUCAGAUAGAUCCCUGUAAUGUCUGGCAGAUUCCUCUGCUCUCAUUCCACCUGCUGAGAUCAAGAUCUGUGGCUGCUGGACAGGAGACAGCCCAGGCCCCCGGGAGACAUGAGCUGGAAGAGGGGACCCGGUGCACCCAAGAGAGGGCCCUCAGAACUCACUUUGUGAACUGCUAUCUAGAGUUACCCAACAAGCGGUUCUUUUCCUUACCAGGCUCUCUGUUUCCAUCCCAGGAAUCUGGCUUCCGCCCUCCUUCAAAGCGAGGGAACUCGUCAGGAGUGGGAAGUAAACCCUUCCUUCCUCCUACACAACAGAGCAAACAGUGCUGCACUCAAGACUGUUCCCGGUAUAUUCACAACCACUGUAUUCUGCACCCUAUCCUUCCAGACCAGGUGUCCUUAGUAACUCGCUCACCUCGUGGGGUACCCCGACCUCGACCUCUGAGAUCUCGUCCUCGGGCCGCUUCCUCAGAAGCAUCAAAAUUCUCCUCUGGACCAAAGUCUUCAGGACCAGGAAAACCAUCCCUUCCUCUCGGGGGAGCACGGCCCUCAUGCCUCGGCGGGGCUCCUCUUCUGAAACUGUAAAGCGAAAACAGCAGAAUGUCCAUCUCAGGGAACACCUUGCCACUAAGUUCACGUUUCAAAAAAGCAUGUGAUAUGAGAAAGCAUGAUAUAAUGCUGAUUGGGAGGAAAACAAAAUAAAACUGUAUUUUGAAAGGA